AUGUCGGACCACGGCUGGGUUACGACUUCCCCGCCUGCUGGUGCUGGUGACUGCAUCGCGGCUCAGGCGGCUGGUGUCUUUACCACCGACGAGAUGCGAGCGGCGCUGCCCGCUAACGGAAACAACACCGCUGACAAGAAACCGGAGGCUCCUCCCGGCUGGGUUGCGGCCACUCCCUAUGACUACAAUGCCUACGCUGACAGCGGCGCCCACGAAUGGGAGUCCAACGCGGCGAAGUAUGAGUUUGAUGGCGAGACUGGAGAUGUUGGCCCCGAGUUCCCGGACCUCGAGAUCGAGCUCUUCGGCGAACCCGGCACUCGCGCCAAAGAGGGCAUUGAUUUCAGCAAGAUCGCUUCCAUCGAACUGUUCCAGGAAGGACCCGCCCGCGUUAACCCCAUUGCGUCUUUCCAAGAUGCCGGUCUUCACCCGGUCAUGCUGAAGAACGUCGAGCUCGCUGGAUACAGAAAUCCGACCCCCAUUCAGCGUUAUUGCCUGCCGGCAAUCCACCUCGGCUACGAUGUCAUUGGCAUUGCGCAGACGGGCUCUGGCAAAACCGCGGCCUAUCUCAUCCCCAUUCUCAACAAGCUCAUGGGAAAGGCCAAGAAGCUCGCUGCCCCCCGUCCGAACCCGGCAACCUAUCAGCCCGGGAUUGACCCUCCCGUUCGCGCCGAGCCUCUCGUGGUUAUCGUCUGCCCGACCCGCGAGCUGGCUGUGCAGAUUUUCAAUGAGGCACGCAAGUUCUGCUACCGCACCAUGCUCCGUCCCUGCGUGGUGUACGGUGGCGGGUCCUACAAGGACCAAGCGGCCCAGCUUCAAAAGGGCUGUGAUGUUCUGGUCGCCUCUCCGGGCCGUCUGGUCCACUUCAUGAAUGAUCCGCGUAUUCUGACUCUCCGUCGAGUGCGCUACAUGGUCAUCGAUGAGGCCGAUGAAAUGCUCGACCAAGACUGGAAGGAUGACCUCGACAAGAUCAUGUCCGGCGGCGAGGGCAACAUUAACUACAUGCUGUUCUCCGCCACCUUCCCCAAGGGCGCUCGUGAGCUGGCCAAAACUCAUCUCGCCGAGACCCACGUGCGUCUCCGCGUUGGCCGCGCUGGCAGCUCCCAUGAGAAUAUCAAACAGAACAUCAUCUACGUCGACCCUUCCAUGAAGAAGCAGGCCUUGAUUGAUCUCAUCCGGUCCUUGCCUCCGACGCGUACCAUUAUCUUCGUGAAUUCGAAGCGCACCGCAGAAGAAGUCGAUGAUUACCUCUACAACUUGGGCAUGCCUUGCACGUCUAUGCACUCCGAUCGCACCCAGAAGGAACGUGAAGCCUCCAUGCGCGGCUUCCGUAGCGGCAAGUGGCCUAUCCUGAUCGCCACUGGCGUCUCUGCUCGUGGCAUCGACGUUCGCAACGUCAUGCACGUUAUCAACUACGACCUCCCGUCCAUGGAUCAUGGUGGGAUUGAGGAGUACACUCAUCGCAUUGGCCGUACCGGUCGCAUUGGACAUCGCGGUCUCGCUUCGUCAUUCUAUUCCGAUAGAGACGAACCGAUUGCUUCCGUGCUCACUCGGACUCUCAUCGAGACGAACCAGGAAGUUCCCGAUUUUCUGCAGUCGUAUAUUCCUGAGGGCGCUUCGGCGACGAACCUCAAGUUUGAGGCUGAUUCGGACUUCGAAGACGAGGCCGCUGGCACCGGCGGUGGUGAUGCUGGCGCCGGCGAAGGCGGUUGGGGUGCUGAUACUGAUCAGAAUGCCGGCGGAGACACUGGCGUUGGCGGAGACGGUUGGGGCUCUGGACAUGCCAACGGGAACGGGGACGGCUGGGGCGCCGUUGCUUCCAACUCGGCUGAGGUUGAUGCAGCGACCAGCUCUAAUUGGUAA